GCCGCUUGUGUGUACACGUGCACCUCUACAGCUGAGACAGAGCGAACUCACACCAGCGACGCCGCGGACCGUGCCGCAACCGUGCCGUCGCGUCGCGUCGGUCUUGUCGGUCGGAUUGAACACACAAAUGCAAGUAGACAGAUUGUCGGUGUGUGCGCGCACCCGACGAUACACGGCGCGCCCUGUGUGCGGCGACAUCGGGGCAGUCGGGGCAGCCGGUGCACCGUCGCCCGCCCGUUCUCCCCGCUACGCGGCUGCGAACACCGCGGCGUCCGCGUCAUUGAACAACAAGACUCGCUCGAUGGCAGGCGUCUUCCUGCCAAUAUGAAUAAAAGAGUUCUCUUCGACUCUAUUACAAAAUACGCGAUAGUGGAAUUUAUAUGUUAUCUUUGUUUUAUAAAUUAUUUAUUUUUAUAGUGUUAUUACAUUAAAACCAUAUUUUUAUUUAUUAGUGAAUGAUAGUUAAAUUAUUGUCAAAACGCUUUACGGGUGUUGUAAUCUCCAUGUUUUGCCCUGUGAUUGUUUUGUUUUAAUAUUCUAAACUUGAACGUAACAAAAUUGCUAAAAUGAGUGACAGUGUAAAAACAAGUUGAAGCUAAACAUGAUAGAGUGUCGACUGAUUUGUCUCCAACUAAUGAAACUAGCGGCGUGUCAACAUUUAUAAUAGCAAACCAUUUCAUCUGUGAAAUUUUGCCUAACUACGAAAUCGUGGACAACACUAAUUCAAAUAAUGCUCUCGGUGCAAGUGCCGGGGUGCGCGGGUAUGGAGCGGCUGGGCGCGCCGGGGGGGCCGCGCCUACGGCACGACCACAGGCAUCACCAUUCCACAUUGGAAUGGGAGAAGCAACAGAGGCUGCAGGCGAUGGUGGGGCGGCUGCAGGAGAUGGUGGAGCAGGAGACGCGCGCGCGGUCCGCCGCGGCGGCGGAGCGGCUCGGUCUGCCGCCCAGCAUACGCCUGCCCGACGGCGAGUACGGACAGGACGCGCACCUGCAGCUGCGCGUGCCUUACCAGCAAGCUGAGCUGACAAGGAGCAGUUUUCAGCCGCCGCCAAACAAGUGCGUGAGCGACGUGCCCGAGUGGGCGGGCGCGGCGGAGGCCGGUCCGGCGCGGCGUGCGGCCGCCAAAAAGGACGGUCUGCUGCAAAAAGCGACGCGAUGGUGGGUGCGCAUGGGCGCGCGGCCGCCGGCGCCCUUCCCUGCCGCACCGCCGCCCUGCGUGAUGGUGCCGCGGCGCGCGCUACCGCCGCCACCCGACGCGUGA